UAUAAAUAUUUUAAUUUAUCUUUCUAGAUUUGAACACGGUCCUAUUUUAUAAAUAUUAUUUAUUUUUAAAAAAUAAAAUAAGGUCACGAUGAUGAAAGUUUAGCACGAAACUUGUUUUCUAAUUCUUGUUAAUAUUAAAGUCAAAACGGUCCCAACCGUCCAGCGUCCGGCCUUCAGUAUCUUUUGAUUGUGAUUCAAUGGCGCUUCCUGUCCGAAGAAAACUUCCUGCCGCCUUCUCUGAAGUGGUUCAGAGCUUGAGACCGAGAGCGAAGCUUUGUAUAUGUCGCUGCUUGCUUUUGAUUCCUCCGAUUCCCUCUAUAUAUCCGGCCAUAGUCUCACUGUAGAAUCUCCCUGCACAUUAUCGCUUUCGAAGAACAGCUAUGGCGUCCGCCCACGUGGAAGAAAUUCCACCUCCGUCGUUGGAUGCCACCGCCGAACAACCUCCCCUGUUUGAUGGAACUACCAGGUUGUAUACUGCUUACAUUUGCCCUUAUGCACACCGUGUUUGGAUCAUCCGGAAUUACAAGGGACUACAACUUAAAAUUAAGCUAGUUCCUCUCGAUCUUCAUAAUAGGCCUGACUGGUAUAAGGAGAAAGUAUACCCUUUAAACAAGGUGCCAUCUCUGGAACAUAAUGGGAAAGUCAUUGGAGAAAGUCUUGAUCUGCUCAAAUAUAUUGAUAGCAACUUUGAAGGACCUUCUCUUCUCCCAGCUGAUUCUGCUAAAAGAGAGUAUGCCGAAGAGUUGCUAUCCUAUAGCGAAACGUUUAACGGCGCAAUAAUCUAUUCGCUUAGAGGUGACACCGCAAAGGAAGCAGGUGCUCAAUUCGAUUACUUGGAAAAUGCUUUGGGAAAAUUUGAUGGCCCGUUCCUUCUUGGAGAAAUCAGUCAGGUGGAUAUAGCAUACAUUCCAUUUGUUGAAAGGUUCCACAUUUUCUUAUUAGAGGCUCUAAAGAUUGACAUCACAGAAGGAAGGCCUAAAUUAGUUGCAUGGAUUGAGGAGUUCAAUAAAAUUGAAGCGUACAAGCAAACAAAAGUCGAUCCCAAGCUGGUCGUUGAAAUUUAUACAAUGCGAUUCUUGGGAAGAUUUGAUUUACAACGUAUCUAUCUUGCAUAUAAAUGCCAUUUUCUAAAACAAUUUAUUGUAGGGCAAAUUGCAAAAACCAUUUUUAAGUAUGUGGUAGUUGCAAUUAUGUCUUCAAACUUUCAAUUACAAAAAUUGAGCCCUCCAAUUUCUACAAGUGUUGAUAUUAGACUCUCAAAUUUAUAUAAUUGUAUAAAAAGUAACCAUUGUCCAAAUUUGAGGGUUUAAUUUUUAUCAUUUGGGGAUUCAAUUUCUACCACAAUUAUUGUAAGUUUGAAAAUCCAAUUUUAACACUCGUGGAAGUUUGAAGACUUAAUUUUUACAAUUGACAGCGUGAAGGUGUAAUUGGAACUACGACCAUACUUCAUGAAUGGUUUUGGCAAUUUAUCGUUUUAUUGUAUAUGCUCUUUUGUUAAUUUUAUAUAUUU